AUGGUAAAGAAUGAUAAACCUAAUAACACAUUUAAUGGAAAUAAACGUGUAGAUAUUAAUAAUAGAGGUAAUUUUAAAAAUAAUACAAAUGUUGGUGGUAGUAAAUCAAUAGGAUCAUCAGCACAUCUUAUAAAACAACAAUCGGUACCAAUGUCACCGGCAGGUCCACCUUCUAAGCGACCUGUAGGAGCAGCAUCAGCAGCAGCAUCGACAACAACACAGAAAUAUAUGACACCAAUGUCACCUGCAGGUCCACCUCAAACACCAAUGCCACCACCAAUGAUGCCGCCACCACCAUUCAUGGGAAUGCCACCACUUCCACCUGCUGGAAUGAUACCACCUUACCUCACACAAUUUCCACCGCAAUUCUUUGGUCCACCUGCAGGUGGUUCACCUCAAAUACCAAUGCCACCAAUGCCACCUUUUAUGAUGCCAUCAGUCGGUGGUUUGCCAAUGGGAAUACCUCCACCUCUUCCACCACAAUUAUUAUUUAAAAACGAAACAACAACAACAGCAGGAGCAGCAGCAACAACAUCAUCAAAUGAACAAACAGAAGUAGAAGAAGAGGAAACAGCCACAAAAAGAGAAAAGAAACAACCAGAUAUUGUUGUCAAUCAAAAUCUGAUACCUUUGAAUUUAAGAAGAAAGCCUGCAGCUUCAACUACAUCAAAGAAACCUGCAGCUACUACUACUACUACGAAAACAACAGCUACAACUACACCAACUACACCUACCACAGCAACAACUACAACUACAACUACAACAGUAAAAGCAACAACAAAAGAAACUACAGAUACAGAAAACAAAGAAAAGAAUCAAGAUGAUCAAGAUUUGGAUGAUGGAUUCGAUGAAUUUAUGAAUGAAAUGAAUCAAUUAGGUGCAACUACAUCAUCUUAA